AUGGAUAGACUUCCAUCGAAGUGUGCGUUGAUUCGCCGAAACAUUGCGGUUCAGAAUGAUCUUUGUGUUUUCUGUGGCGAAAUUGCGGAAACAUGCGAACAUAUUUUUGUUACUUGCCAGGUUGCUCAAAUUGUUUGGCAAAAUGUAGCGGCUUGGUGCAAGAUCCCUCCUAUAUUUGCAUUCGGAGUUAGCGACUUACUGAACCCAACCGGUGUCUCUACAAAUACAAGAAAGAAAAGGAAAGCGGUACACGCCGUGAUACUAGUGACUUUUUGGAGCCUAGGGAAGAUGAGAAACGAGUCGGUUUUCAAACAAGCAAUCCCGAAUAUUACAAAGAUAUUGGAUGAGAUUAAAGCUAUGGCAUACUUAUGGGUUAAGAAUCGAUCAAAGAUGGUGGCAUUAACAUGGGAGAAUUGGUGUUGGUUUGAAAUUGGUGCAUAG